UCCCCGUCCCGCCGUUGAGAAAACCAAGAACGGUAGAUGCACACUUCCCAGUCCAGACCACCAGAGAUUCUCCAAAUCUCUCUCAAUUAUAUUAUUCAAACGCCUCCAAUGAUUUUCCUCUCACGAAAUUCUUCAGAAACUGAGAUAUUCUUCUCAGAGCUGAGCUAUGAGCUUCUUGCCAUCACCCACCUGGUGGAGCCGCCAUGUCAACAUGCGAACGCUGUACCUGCUGCUCCUGGGUCAGCUCGUCUCCUUCGUCCUCGCUCUCAUGAGCUUCACUUCGUCUCUCAUAGCCAAUCUCGGUGUGGAUGCUCCCAUUACACAGACCAUGUUCACUUACUUGCUUUUGGCUUUGGUUUAUGGAGGAAUCUUGCUGCAUAGGCGUGAGAAAUUACGGGUUUCUUGGUAUUGGUAUCUUCUCUUGGGGUUUGUGGAUGUUCAAGGGAACUAUCUUGUAAACGAAGCAUAUCAAUUCUCAUCAAUCACUAGUGUGACAUUAUUGGACUGUUUCACAAUCGCUUGGGUGCUCCUUCUCACAUGGAUCUUCCUUGGAGCUCGAUAUUCCCUAUGGCAGUUGUUUGGUGCAGUCCUCUGUGUGGUUGGGCUUGGCGUAGUGCUCCUCUCUGAUGCAGGGGUGGCUGGUGGAGGUGGUUCACAACCUCUUCUCGGAGAUGUCCUUGUCAUAGCAGGAACAAUAUUUUUUGCACUGAGCAAUGUUGGUGAGGAGUUUUGUGUGAAGAAAAGAGAUCGUAUGGAAGUAGUAUGCAUGAUUGGUGUUUUUGGAUUUCUAGUGAGUGUGUGUCAGAUAUCUAUUCUGGAAUUAAAGAGUCUGGAGUCAGUGGAGUGGUCUACAGAUAUUAUAUUGGCCUUUGUUGGCUACGGAUUGGCAGGCUUUAUGCUCUACACACUUGGUCCGUUCGUUCUUCAGAUGAGUGGAGCGACAUUGUUCAAUCUCUCUAUUCUCACAUCUGAUAUGUGGGCUGUGGUUGUUCGUAUCUUUUUCUACCAUCAGGAGGUAGAUUGGUUAUACUAUUUAUCAUUUGCAAUAGUAGUUAUCGGACUCAUCAUCUAUUCAGUAAUGGAAAAGGAAUCUGCUCCUAUAACUUCACUUGAGGAUGGAAACCCGAGCUACCAAAUUCUCGAAGAUGAAAGCGCUAUAUCUAGAAAUGAGUCUUUGGUCUCAUGAGGAGCAGAAACAGUGGUUAAGAUUUACUGAUCAAAAUCCCAUAUCGUACUGGAAACCUGAUUGCUCUCAAGCGCAGAUUGGCUUUUGAAUUUACUGCCACAAAUGUGGAAUACGUGGCUUUCGAUUUUAUAUAUCUAUGAACAGUCAUAAGUCAUAACAAGCUUUACUUCCAAGGAUGUCAAAUUCUAGAGUCAACAAGAAGAGGGUUGUAAGGGACAAGUCCCAACCUGAAAGAAUAGGGUGAUUCUGUGGACCGUGCUAGCGCAUCAAUUGUAGGUAGGUAUUGAGAAGAAUAUACAGCUAGAUGUGCAAACUACUAAUUUUUCAGGAACUUGUAUCAAUUUCUGACUUAGAACUUUGUAAGAGCAAGUUCACCCUCUGGGUCUUCGUUGGGAAGGCUUGGGUCAUGGGCGAGACCUGGGUCGUCACGUGACAAUGAAAUUUGACUCCAGUUUUCACCC